ACGACGCCGCGCUCUCGGUUCCAAAACGCGAAAGCGCGACCGCGAAGUGCCGCGACACGAGGACGGGAUUCUUUCGGGGUAUCUCUCGGUGGAAUAUUCGUUUUGCGAAUUUAGCUCGCGAAAAUCGCGAGCGAACGCUUCCUCGAGGGAGACGCGCACCUGGAGGCAGGAAAAUUCGCUGAUCCACAUCGAGGAAAAUCGCGACGUCGCGUCGAGAUCGGUGGUCGAUUGAUUUCUCGGAGACAUCGAUCUCGCGCGAAAAUGAUAUUAGUUAUCGUGGACCAUCGAACUAGUCGUUCUUGCAAGUGACGACGUUCGUGGGAAUCUGUCAACGAGAUCACGCAAGGAACAUCGAUAAGAGGUCACAGAAAAUUCAAUCUUCCGGAAGAUUGACGAGUUUUAAUAGAUAGAUUGUUAGUGUGUGUGUACGUGUGUUACGAUCUGUCGACGGGGAUGAAUGAGAAGACCGCGUGAUCCUCGAUAUCUCAAUAUCGAGAUUCUUGCUUUUCGAGAGAAGCUUGUCUUUUUACAAUAUCGAUAUUCUUCCAAUCAAAGCCGUGCGUUGCUCAAAAAAUCCUCGCUGUUCUUGGAUUUAGGAAAUUAAUAAAUCCUGAAUCUUGAAAGAAGAAAGGAGAUUCGGUGUAGUGAAGAGUAGUGCAAUAUUUUUUCGAAGUGUCUUAAACUUGAUUUACAAAAAGAGAUGCUUCAAGUGAGGUAGAUUACAAAUUUGCAAAAAAGGAUCUUUGAAACUGCAAGAAGUGUCUUAAAGAAAAGCGUUGGAGAACAUUUUUGCAAAGUGUUUAUCCUUUAAUUCAUUUAACGCCUCGCUGGAAAAAGGUUCUUAGUAUCAUGAAAAGAAUUUAUAAAUUCUAAAUCCGCAAGAGGGGAAAGAGAGAAAGAGAAAGAGAGAAAAAAAGGGGGUUGUCCCAUGCAUACGGUAAAAUCUCGCUAAAAAUUUUCAAGUGAUAUUUCGAUCUUUCCACUGUAGAUCCACAUAAUUUUAGUUCUCAUCCAAAAGAUAAUACGAGAAUAAUUUAGAUAGAUCUCGCAUCCACGAGAGUGCCACGAAAAUUUUAGUCAAACAUUAAUUUUUUCAUUUUGUAUUCGUAUCACAGUAUACUAGAAAAAAAGAUCGUCAGCAUGUUGAGAAUAAUAAUAUAAAUGUUAAACAUUUAUACGUAAAAUCUCGAUACUUUGCUAAAAAUCACGAUUACUUGUAAGACCGAUUCAUUCACUCUAAAUCUGCGAGGGAAGAGGAAUCUCUCGUAAACUCUCAAUGAACGCUUAUGCAAAGUACUCGAAUCUUUCGACUUCGCAUUUAGCUAAUUUGCUCAAGAGACUACAUGGUAAGGGACUAAUUACAAAUCCGAGCAAUCGAAUAGGGAUAGGAUCAGUCCUCCAGUAAUCAAGCAACAUCCCGAAACAGUCAUCGCGACAUUGAACGAGAUAAACUCCCUGUCGCCGCGCCAUCGAUUCCGCAGACGGAUCGCGUAUCCGCCAGCGGCAGUUGGAUCUCUGCGAGUGUAGGAUUCGAGUGUGUAUGUGUGAUGACGAUGACGAUCGCGCCGCGGGGACCGUCGAGGUGACUCGCGGUGGCGGCGGCGACGACGACGGCGACGGCGGCGGAGGUGACAGUUGGAGAACCGGGUGGCAUCGCGGCUCGCAGGAUGCUGCGAGCGGGGAGAACGGAAGAGAGAUCUCGCGGUGCGAAUUCGCUCGCAGUCCACGACUGGUAGGACCGAUGACGGGGCAUCAUGACGGUCUAACGGCGCGCGUGACGCCGCGCGUCGUCGCGACGCUCGCGUCGCGUUCGCGACCCCUACUGACGACCCUGACGAUGCUGCUCGUCGCGCUGUCCUGCUGCUGCGCUCGCGCCAGCGAAUUCCCCGAACGAGAAUGCUGCGACCUACCCUACCCGAUCCCGGAACCCACCGGCAGGUCCACAUCCGCGCCGACGCCGACCGGAAGGAGCGGAUCGGGUAUCAAGGUACCGAUGGCCAUACUGAAUUGUCUCUACGCCCGUCAAUUGUGCUACGAAGACUCAUCGUGUAGCGCUAUUUUGGAAAUAAUACCGAGAGUCUGCGGUCCGGAAUUAGUGGCUUGCUCGACGGUGACGGUGACUAAGUGUCAAGCGGCUCUGCGCACCCUACAGGCUUUCACUUACUUCCGACCGACGUGCCUCUGCAGGGAGCCGCAUGUCGAUCCGGACUGCAACAGCUUCCAAAACUUCCUGUUUGACCAUCCGUGCGACUAUGUGGAAUGGAAAGACAAGGAUCCAUACCCAGUGGAUGCAUUGCCAACGUGUAAUCAUGCACUCAGCGUUUGUCUACAUGGAAAGCCUUGCAAUCAAAUUCUCAAAGAUUUCAAGGCUAACUGCAAGAUUCAAGAGAGUCAGUGUAAAAUGGAGAAUCGGGAUGCUUGCCAUGAGUCCUGGACGCAAUUGCGACUAUCGCCAAUGUUCGGCUGCAUAUGCCCGAAUAAUCAUAUGAAGCGGCGAUGCGACAAGAUCUUCUUGAUGGUGAACCAUAAUCCUUGCGUUGAGGUCCUGCCCUCCUCCACCUCCGUAGACCUGUCGGGCACGGAUUCGGCCCUGUACCCGUUCGACCCGCAGCAGGAGAACUACCAGGAGAUCUGGUUGCCACCGACCAGUAUGUACCCCCAUUUUCUGUUCCCCUGGACCGCGCGCACCCCAUCGUACUACGAUCCUGACAGCACGUACGAUUUACGGGAGUCCGGCGAUCGACGCCAAGACCAUCACCGUCACGGCAAUCGGCAUCAUCACGGCUACCAGGAGGCGCCGGAGCGACCCGCCAAGCCAGCCGUCCUCGUCGUCGAGACGUACGAUCCUCGGAUCGAUUUGCACCGGUACAAGACCGACGUGAAUCGGUACGAGGAUCGCGCGGCGACCUCGCGUCCUCCAGGCGCUGAUCAUCCGGAUCGAUCGAUAGAUGGAUCUUCUUCCUCCUUCUCCUCCUCUUCUUCUUCUUCUUCUUCUUCCUCUUCUUCUUCUUCUUCUUCUUCUUCGUUGUCCAAGCAUGAUCGCGCCUCCAGCACAGUGCACCUGCAGCCCCAAAGCGAGCAUGACGCGCACCUGCACCAGCAUCGGCACCAACACCACCAUCACCAGCACCACCACCAUCGUGAGCACCCUGCACUAUCUGCACCGCCGUCCGUCGUCGCGACGCUGUCGUCGUCGUCGGCGGGCUCGUAUGCGUCGGCGGCCGCUCGUCCCACGCCUACCGUGCUGGACGAGCCGUUAGGGGCACGCGGGCCCGGCCAGGCCGAGCCACCCCGGCUGCCGGUCCCGAGGAAGUUCGCGCCCAGGCCUACCUACGAGCACCGCGCGAUCGUCGACGACGACGAUCUCGAUGACGAGAUCAAGCCAGGCGCGCUGCCCGUCGACCGGCUCUUCGAUUCCUUCCAAGUCUUCGAAGGGUUCGUCGACCAAGUGAAGGUCAUCGCCCAUCCCGACAAUUCCACCAGCUUCGAAGUGAUCGAGUCGCAAUUGGAAAAUCCACUGAUCGACACUAAGAAUCAGGAGCUACUCAACAUGAAGCAAAUCCCUAUCCCAGUAGGCCAUCAUCAUCGCAUUCAUCACAAGAGAAACUUAACGGAUGAAGUCGUGAUCGAACAAACAUUCGACUUCGACAAAAUUCAGCAGCCAGUUAAACUGAUCCUGCCCAGCACGUGCCAUCAUGCUUAUACAUCUUGCAAAAACGAUCCAGAAUGCAAAAACCUGCUGCAACCUGUUUUGAACCAUUGCGAUUCGACGACGUGCGCGAGAAAUGAGUGCAUGGAAGCGCUGCAGCAUUUCUACAAGACCGCCAAUCACAAACAUUCCGUGGAAAUCGCUUUCUGUCUCUGCAGGAAAACGGAUAGUAAAAAGGACGAGUGCAUAGUGGCGCAAGAAAAAAUGCAUCCAAUGUGUGCGCAGCGCAUAGACGGCGCCGAAAUGCCGACGUGUCACAGCCUGGCUGAAACUUGCAAAGAGAAUAGAAGCUGCAGGCUUAGGUUGGAGUAUUACGAACAGAGCUGCGCAGUCGACAGCGUGACGAAAAAAUGCGCCGGACCAACUUCGGAAUGCAGAAAAGCGAUGUUAGGUAUCCUUGGCACCGAUCUUCAUACAAAUUGUGCGUGUAAGGGUACUGAAAUCAAUCAGCUUUACGGUUGCCUAGGCUGGCAGCGACUUCUCUGGGUGAAUCCUUGCGUAGUGGAAUCGCAAAAGGACUAUCACGCGCGUAGGAAACAUCAUCAUUUGCGUACGACAACAGCGAAGACAACGACAACGACGAUGACGACAGCCGUUGCGACAACAACGAUGAGAUCACCGGCGAGCAUGACGGCGACUACCGUGGCCGAACAAGUAGAGGAUAAUCAAAUACCGGAAGUGACGAAGUGGCCGACCACCGAACCUAUAGAAACUUGGGAAAUCACAACUACCACUACGAGCACCACCCCAAGUACUACUACGACCACUACGAUGCCACCGCGCUUCUGCGUGGUUCAAAGGCCGACACACAGCCACCAAUACAUAAGAGAAGGCAAGGGCAAGAGGCUGUAUCGCGAGGAUGAGCCCGAAUGCUCGGAACUCUGUCACUGCAGCGAGGGUGAGCAACUUGUCUGCAACACCAUCUGCGUCGAUUCGUCACCUUGCAAGACGGAUUUCGCUUUCUACAACCACGAAGCGCCGGCUUAUCAAGCGCAUCGAGGUCCUUGCCUUUGCUAUAGCGGUGGUUUUAUAUGCAUGCGGCCUUCGCCCGACACCUACAAUAUACCGCACGGGGUUUUCAUGUUCCUGGGGUACAGCGAGAAAGACGAGACCUUAUUGAAGCAGCACAACAAUGUAACCGUGCUGGACGCGGUAUCAUCUCUCGACAAUUUCAUGAGAGAGGAAGUCAAUAAUCAGACAGUAUGCACGCUCUUCUUGUACAAUGCGACCCGAGAAAACGUGAUUGCAGUAGCACGGCUCGGGACCGACAAUCCACCCUUAAAUAGCAGCCAGGCUCAGAACCUGCAGCACCUGCUACGUGUCAAGGAGGAGUGCGCGUCAAUGAUGCAAGAUCUCAGCGACAAGAUCAACAACAAGCACCACGAAGUGCAUUCGCAUCCGUUGCUCUCGAUCUUCAAGAUGGCCGAGGUCGAGGUAAAAAUGCCAUAUAGUAACGAGGCUGCUGUCUUCAGGUCAUCGUCAGCGCUUCUCGUCGUUCUACUGGCAGUCUACCUUUUCGGUUCGACAUAUCUUUUCGAUUCGUGACAGGGACACCGUAGAAACUCCAUAAGAAAUCUAUAUCGAACCUCUCCCUCGCGAAGGAUCGCCACGUGUCGCGAACACGCGGUCACGGAAAUUCCGACAGUGGAAUUUAUCCGGAAGAAAGAGGACUGGUGGCCUUGAAGGCUACAGAACAACGAAGAGAAGGCUUUUUCACCUUCUCCUCGAUCGCCGUGAUCUAUGUAUUGUAAGGAUUGAUCGACAGAUCCGCACGAUGAUUCCUACACACGUUUCACGAUCGCGAAUCGCGCCGUUCAAAAUAUUAUUAAAUGCAUAUGAUAUAUUUAAUGGUAUUUUUGUUACCGUAUCUCGAUAUGUAGCCUCAUCGAGUCUCGUUCUUAAUCCUUUAAUUGCCGCGAUCCGAAUAAUUCCGAAUUUAAUAUUGGAACGUGCAAUGAUUGCGUAGGAAGUUAUUUUCUUAGAAUAAAAUGUUAAAUUUACAAAGAGAGAAAUAUUCCUAAUUUUAGCAUAUUCUAGCUCUUAUUUAUUUUAUCUUCUUUACAUACUUUUUGCUAUAUAAUUAUAUAAAGAAUAUUAGGAUAUUUAAAGAAACUGCACAUGUUUGAAAUUGCACUGAAACUAUCAAUAUAUAAUAAUAAUCGCGAUUUGAGAGUUUUCUAUUUUCAAAAUGCAUAUAACAAAAUGAAUAAUUCAUACAGAUAUUGUAACAAUAUAUUCAUUGCAAGUUCCAGCAUUUCGAAAACAUUUAGUACAGAUGCUAAUAAUUCUGAAUAAAGAUAUAUUCUAUUGGAUAAUAAUUCAUACAGAAAGUAAUACUGUUAUGCUGCUCGAUACUCAAAGGAUUAUCGACGAAUGAUCGAUGAUACUUUUGACGAUUGAAGUCACUUUGAGUCGAGUUUGAUACGAGAAUACAUUUGUCGAAUGCGCGAAAUCAAAUGGAAAUUAUUGGCCAAUUGCGUUUUCAUUUUACGCAUUCGAUAUGUAAUUCCCCGUCAGAAGUGUCUUGUGACGAGAUUGUCGCGCGAUCGACAUGCAAUCGACGUAACUUCAACACAAGAGUUGCUUCACAAGCAUUAACAGUCGUGCGCGGUGCUGAUGUUUGAUUACACGAUGAUUUGCAAAUGAAUGAUUAAUGGAGAAUAAUUGAGAUAUACAUUGGAAAACAUUAAAAACUAAAUAAUCGAAAUUUUUGCGUUUUAAUACGUAA